AUGAAUCAAUCAGCUAAAGAUACCAGAUACAAAUGGAGUGGCUCAAAGUCAAACCUUUUGCACAACCCAGUAACUCAAAUCCAUGAGAACCAAGAAAGUUUGCUGGCUUCAAACAAUUCGGAUGGCAGAUGUCUCGGCAAGCUAAAGAUUGAUUUGGCUGCUGGAUUGUCUGAUAUUCGAAUCAAAGUUGAAGAAGAGCAUAAAGAUUUUCUUGAACUGGUCGCACAGGAGAAAAUCUUCAAAAUGCAGCCAAGUCAAGAAUUCGCAUACAAUAUGAUGCGCGGAAAGGGUGUCGGUACACGGCCUGUAUUUCCUCCCCCACGAGAUACCCCUGGAGAUUUUGAAGAUUAUAGACCUACUGCAAAUGUUGAGGAUAAUCUACAAUCUGGCUACAAGUAUUAUAGGAUUCGACCAGAUUCCGAUUUCAAGAACGCUGCAGCUCCCGAAGAUCUUGCGCAAGACAUCAAUCGACUGGCAAUUAAAGAUCCUCGAAGAUGCGAGAUCGUUUUUGAUUUGAAAGGCGACGAAGGAGAAACCACCAACCACUACAAGGGCAAAGAGGUCUGGGGAAAUUUUGGUUAUAUCAAAGUCAACGGAGUGUGGGUAGAUCCUGAUAGCGAGAAGGACUUGGCGCAUGCAUUUAAGGGCUAUCCAGUUCAAUCACCAGAGGAACUCCAAGGUGCUAGAGCCAAAGAUGCGCGAAUCGUGAGUCCAGCUGAGGCUGAUAAAUUUUAUGACUUCUUCAACGAAUAUGUUUCCGACGAUGAAGGAGAUCCUCGAGAUAAUCGUAUGUCGCCAGAAGAGUUUGCAAAGAUGGUUCGUGGCACAGCCAGUGAGGGCAAAGGUGAUACAUGGGCUAGAGCAAUUGUCGCUCCACAAGAAAAAUUUACAGAUAGACCACGCGUGCCACGUAAACCUAAAACACAACACGGAAUUGAUAUGUUGCCACCGCAAAUUGACAGAGAUACUGGCAGUUAUUACUCCGGUUUUGGUGGUGAUAAUUCUGAUACGGCCAGCCUUCUCAUCUCGGCAGCUGGUGUUGACAUCCUUCAAAGACCCGAACACUUCAAUCGCAUGGACCCCCAAACUGACAUGAAAAUUCUUGCUGAGGCAUAUGGCAGCCCCAAUGCUUUCAAAGAUGACGGUGGAUGGUCUGACACAACAACACUUCCUGUGUUCAAUACAAAAGCAGCUGCCAAAGCUAUCACCUGGGACAUUCCUGGUCUGACUGAUGAGCAACGCGAACGAGGCUUGGCUGAUAUGACAUUAAGGGGAGAAGCACACUUCCAACAUAGUCAAGUGAUGGCAAGAAACAGAGACGAGCUUAAAGCAGAGAAGAUGGUUGCUUUCAGCGGUCUGGCAGGCUGUAUGAGGGAGCACCACUUCAUCAAGCGAUUCCUGGAUAACAAUCCUUCUUUUGCCAAUGAAGAAACCCGCAGAUUGGUGGAUUCCAUUUGUUUGGAGACACCAUUUAGACGCAUUGAACGCACCAUGAUCAGUAACAAUGAUUCUGCUCCCAAGACGACCGCUGAUCCAUAUCUCGGACUCAGUCGCGAAGAUCGUACCUAUAUGCGUUUGAUCAACGAUAUCUACCAAGACACUCAUAACCUCACUCUUCAUCUUCAAAAUCAAGUCAUGGUCUGGGGUGCUACCAAAGCCGAGAUUGAGAUCAAGAUUGGAGAAUAUUAUUUCUUACGCGAACGAAUCAUGGCAGCCUCUGGUAUGAAUAACGAGUUCAUUGAAAGUCUCAUUCCUAUCAGUGCUCCUAGAACUCCUCGAGUCAACUUUUAG